ACAAAAUUUUAAAACACUUUGAUCAUAUUAGUCUUUAUUAAUUAUAAUGUGCAAAAUGGCAACUACUAAGUCUUUUUUAAUUUUAAUUUUUAUGAUAUUAGCAACUACUAGUUCAACAUCUGCUACGUUGGAAGAUGUGGUGACUAUUCUUAGUAUCGAUGGAGGUGGAAUUAAAGGAAUCAUUCCGGGUGUCAUCCUUGAAUUUCUCGAAGGAAAACUUCAGGAAUUGGAUAGAGAUGCAAGACUUGCAGAUUACUUUGAUGUAAUUGGAGGAACAAGUACUGGAGGUUUAAUAACUGCUAUGAUUACUACUCCAAAUGAAAACAAUAGACCCUUUGCUGCUGCCAAUGAAAUUGUACCUUUUUACUUCCAACAUGGCCCUCAUAUUUUUAAUUCUAGUACUGGUACAUUUUUAGGCCCAAGUUUUGAUGGAAAAUAUCUUUUGCAAAUUCUUGAAGAUAAUUUUGGAGAAACUCGUUUGCAUCAAGCUUUGACAGAAGUUGUCAUCUCAAGCUUUGACAUCAAAAGAAAUAAGCCAGUAAUAUUCACCAAGUCAAAUUUAACAAACUAUCCAGAAUUGAAUGCUACCAUGUAUGACAUAUGUUAUUCAACAGCAGCAGCUCCAACAGUAUUUCCUCCACAUUAUUUUGUUACUAAUACUAGUAAUGGAGAUACAUAUGAGUUCAAUCUUGUUGAUGGUGGUGUUGCUUCUGUUGGCGAUCCGGCGUUAUUAUCAGUUAGCGUUGCAACGAAACUUGCGGAAGAGGAUCCAGCAUUUGCUUCAAUUAGGUCAUUGAAUUUGAAAAAAAUGUUGUUGCUCUCAUUAGGCACUGGCACUAAUUCAGAGUUUGAUAAAACAUAUACAGCAAAUGAGACAGCUAAAUGGGGUUAUUUCCAAUGGAAAUCAGUUAUCCCGCCAAUGUUAGAUGCAUCAAGUUCUUACAUGACUGAUUAUUACCUUUCUACUGUUUUUCAAGCUCUUGAUUCACAAGACAAUUACCUCAGGGUUCAAGAAAAUGCAUUAACAGGCACAACUACUGACAUGGUUGAUGCUUCUGUGGCUAAUAUGGACUUAUUAAAACAAGUUGGUAAAAAUUUAUUGAAGAAACCAGUUUCCAAAGACAAUCCUGAAACCUAUGAGCAAGCUCUAACAAGGUUUGCACAAUCACUCAUUGAUCGAAAGAACCUCCGAGCAAACAAAGCGUCUUUUUAAUUAAAGGUCUCGAAUUGCAGUAGUACCCUUACUAUGCUAAAUAAAUAAUAAGUGCUUGCAAAGUUUAUGAGGGAUAAAUUUCAUUAGAAAUGUCUCUCUAUGUAAUGUGUGUUUGGACUAUGUAACCUUUUGGUUGUGUAUAAUGUUUAAAUAAAUAAUGGUGAUUUUGUAUUAUGACAUUCCAAUCUU